AAACCCUAAAUCUGUUCCAUAUCAAUAAACCUAAUAAAUUAACCCUAACCAGUCCCACCCUCAUCCUCACACCUCGCCCCUGUUGCCUGUUGCUAAUUAACCUCGGGCCUCAAACCAUAUUCAGAAGACACCGCUCCUCCCCGACUCGUUUGCAGACCCUCGCCAGCAGAACCGUGCACGGCCUUAUCAGGGAAGACAGGGGUGAAGGGUUUUGCCGUAACCCUAAUUUUUUUAAAAUUCUACAAUGGCCAAGCGCGAGUUGUCAAACACAUUGAAGAACUUGAAGUUCAUGCAAAGGGGAGCUAACAAAGAGGAGAAAACCAAAAAGGAAGAAGAGGUCAUACCUGAUGGAAAUUUCCCAUCUUUUAUUACCACCAAAAAAUGUGUGGUAAUUAUGGAAGGCGAUCCUACUCCAGGGGCCAUUAGAGGCCGAAUGUCAUUUCAGAGUUUUAAUCCUUCUAUAGAUAAAUUAAAUGAUGAGGCUUCAAACCCAAGACAAUCAGGAAGUGAUGCUACAUGCUCUGAGGAUCAAAGAGGAAAACUGUCUAAUAGUCAAAAUGCAUUAGCAGAAGAUGAACCAGUGAGCUUGAAAGAAGAAACUUGGAAUAGCAAUAAAGCUAAUGGAGACCUCAAAAGGAAACAAGUUGAAGUCAUCACAGAUGAACAAAUUCCCAGUAAAUCACCCAAUAUUAUUGAAGGCAACCAGAGUUCUUCAUCAAAUAAUAGUAGAAAAAAUUCUCAUAAGCCACCCAAGCGAGGAAAGCUGGAUUGGAAUGUUCUAAGAUCUCCCAAGAAUCGAAACAAAAGGGGUUGAUCUCUUUCAGGUUACACAGCUAAAGAAUAUGCCAGUCAAUUAAGAAUAUGCUUUUAGUAAUACUUUUUUGCCUUCAGACUUCAUAGUUUAGUUGCAAACUUGCAAUGUAAGUUUCCAACUAGCUUAUCAUGUUUAAUUAUUAGUUUUUGUGUUCAGUUGAAAUGUUAUCCACCUAAAGUGGCCCAGCUACCCAAGUAACCAUUAUUUGUAUCCUAAUAGUUUAUUUUGAUUAUGAUGAAACAACAAUCUCUUGCUUCU